GCAAAGCCAUCUUAAAAUAUAUUGCAAAGUAAUAAACCUGAAGGUUCACUUCGAGUUGGCAACUCUUGAUCGUGUUGAAAAUGUCAUUAUCCAGCACAAUAAGAUGUCACGUAUCCACUUCAAGCUGACUCUCCCUAUCGAUGUGGUAUUGUUUGCGGAUCCAGCGGACCCUUGGGGAAAGAUACAAGAUCAGUUUGUGGAUGCCAUUAUUACACAGUUAUCUGCGAUGGACAAAUGUAUUCAGCGAUAUACAAAUGGAAAGACUGUCCCAAUGCCACAAGCAUUCCACUUUGAAUUGCCAGAGAAAACCACUCUUACUACAGUAAUAUACCCUGCUGGAAUCAGUGAUGAAACUCUGGAACCACAACGAAAAGAGUUGCAUGCUUUACUUGGCCUAGACAAUAAACCCUUCUUCCGACGUUCUAUGGCCUUUUGUUUUCCAAGUGAUGAGAUGAAAGCUAAGUACUUGAGAAAUGUGCAUAAGUACAUUCCAACCCUUAACCCUGAUGAGUUCCAGAUUUUUGGAGUGCAUGGAUCCUAUAUCUUUCACCACUGCAUGCAGGACAAUGAAAAUGACGCUGAAUGGGGUGCACUGUACCGUUGUUUCCAAGUCAUCAUCUCCUGGUUCAACUGUCAGGGUUACAUUAACAAACCUACACCUAUGGUUACAGAGAUGCAGGAUAUAUUGACAAAGUUUGAUGAAGGAUUUGUCAAUGUUGUGGAAGAAAAAGAUUGGAUUCCACUUGAACAGAUGGUAGCAAUAUUAAAUGCUUUUAGUAUAUCAACUACCACCAAGGAUAUCCGACCAGAAGUUGAUGAACCAAUUGACCUUAGUAUUCAUUUCAAAGAACAAGGGACUCCUGUGGCAUUUACUGCCGAAUCUACAGCAUGUGUCGUGCUGGGGAUUGCAGUAAAUGAAGAAGCAAAUAUCAAAAAACUCCUUGUCCUAGACACAGGGUACACAGGAAAUGAUGACUUGGCUUCCAUAACUGAAAAGGCUGUCGAUUGGAAAGAUGAAGAAUUCUUGAUGGGAUUGGAGGCUUAUGGCAUAUGCCUCCCUCAGAGACCAGACGGUGUUUAACACUACCACAACCUGACUUCAUGCAUGGAUAGAACUGUGGCUGGAAUGGAACUUAAUUUUCAGAUGCACAGAACGCUUACAAUGUUUCUGUACUUCAAAUCAAAUAAGAACUUGAGUGUCGAGUACAUGUGCUUCACAAAGUACCGCAAUA